AUGAUACUUUUCUUCGUUAUCUGCUUGAGAAGAAAAGAAAGGAAAGAAUUCACAACAUUUUUUAUAGGGGAUGGUCAUUUUAAGAUCUCUUAUGCCCAACUUCUUAAAGCUACCAAUGGAUUCUCUUCAACAAAUUUGAUUGGAGUGGGGAGUUAUGGUUCUGUGUACGAAGGUGUUCUCAAUCAUGGAGAAAUAAUUGUUGCAGUGAAGGUCCUCAACAUUGAACAAAGAUGUGCUUCCAAGAGUUUCCUAGCCGAAUGUGAAGCCCUUAGAAACAUCCGACACCGUAAUCUUGUCAAAAUCUUAACAUCUUGCUCAAGUGUAGAUUUUGAAGGGAAUGAUUUUAAGGCUUUGGUAUAUGAGUUCAUGCCGGGUGGAAAUUUGGAUAGGUGGUUACAUCCACAUGCAAAUGGUAUACAAGAUCUACAAAGGCCUUUAAAGCUUAUUAAAAGGUUGAAUAUUGCCAUUGAUAUAGCAACAACAUUGGAUUACCUUCACCACCAUUGUCAUAUGCAGAUUAUUCACUGUGAUAUAAAGCCAAGCAAUAUUCUUCUUGAUGAUGAUUUGACUGCACAUUUGGGUGACUUCGGGAUAUCAAGAAUUCUUUCAAAAGUCACAGGUAGAACUCAAAAUCAAACCGGUUCAAUCGGAAUAAAGGGAUCUAUUGGAUACAUUGCACCAGAGUAUGGUGCAGGUGCUGAUGUUUCAACGCACGGUGAUGUCUACAGCUAUGGGAUUCUCUUGUUAGAGAUGUUCACAAGGAAACGACCCACUGAUGAAAUGUUCAAGGAUAACUUAAAUCUUCACUGUUGGGCUGAGAUGACUUUGCAUGAUGGAGUGGUAGCUAUCAUCGACCCAACACUUAUGCCCAUGGAAGAAGAAGAAGAGGCAGUAGCAACUAUUGCCAACAUCAGUGGAAGUCGAACAUGCAUGAGGGAUAGAGUGCAAGAAUGCCUUAAUUUAGUUAUUAGAAUUGGAGUUACUUGCUCAGCUGAUUCACCAUGGGAUAGAAUGGACAUGAAAGAUGUGGUCAAAGAAUUACAUUUGAUUAGGGACAUUUAUCUUGGAGUUGGUUCUCAAUGA